CUCCUAUGCCUUGUCUGUAAAUGGAAUGGGAAUUGUAAAAAGCAUUUUCCCUUUUCUUUUAUGUUUAGGUCUAGGUCACUCUCUUCCUUCUUUCUUUUCUUACUUUCUUUUUCUUUCUUUCUUUUGUUUCGUUCUUUGUCUCGCUCUCUUUCUUUGAGAAUGCCUAGGGGUAGACUACAUUCUGAGCCUGAAUAACCCACGCUAUUCUUCCUGGGCUUUUUAUAUCAUACCUUGAGAACCACUGGAUGGCAGUAGGCCUGUAGUAUCUUUUUAGUGGUACACAAAAAGAAGACAUACCGGAAAUGACAUCACAUACAUUUCGCUCUGUCAGAAACUAUGGCUGGCUACUGUGCCUACUUUGUCAACAUAGGAUGUGUAUUAGGCUAUAGAUCUAGUGUUUUAUAUAAUUUCGUUGAACCAGUCUUGUGAUUCGUUGCCGGGCUGUAUCUCCUUUUAGACAUCCCUGAUUAUUAGUGUUUUAGGGUUGCAAUGAGUGAUGUGGUUGAAAGAACUCUCACUGCUCUCCCUGGACUGCUGUCGUUGGACUUACAAACUGGAGCCGGGAAACUUUCCUCCACUUCAAAAUUAGGGAAUUUGAUCAGAAGUAUCACUGAACUGACAUCCAAGCAUGACGAAGAAAAACUCAUUAAACGAGAACUGGCUGCCAUUAAGGAGCAGGUCUCGUCACCCAACACAACUAUGCGACAGAUGAAGGAGACAAUGGUGAGGAGCAUCUACUGUGAGAUGCUGGGAUACGAGGCAGACUUCACCUACAUCCACGCCAUCAAGCUGGCUCAACAGGGCUCAGUGCUGGAGAAGAGAGUAGGGUACCUCGCAGUUUCUCUGUUUCUCAAUGAAAACCAUGAGCUGUUACUGCUCCUCGUCAACACAGUAUUAAAGGAUCUUCAGAGCACAAACCUAAUUGAAGUGUGUAUGGCUUUAACCGUCGUUAGCCAAAUAUUCCCCAGAGACAUGAUACCGGCUAUUCUGCCCCUGGUGGAGGAGAAGCUGAAUCACCCAAAGGAGAUUAUCCGUCGGAAGGCAGUGCAGGCGCUGCACAAGUUCUACCUGAUCGCGCCCAACCAGGUGCAACACAUCCACAGUAAGUUCCGGAAGGCCCUCUGUGACAAAGACCCAGGCGUCAUGGCCGCCUCUCUACACAUCUACCUACAGAUGAUCAAGGAGAGUGCAGACAGCUACAGGGAUCUGGCGGGCAGCUUCGUCACCAUCCUGAAGCAGGUGGUGGGAGGGAAGCUUCCGGUAGAUUAUAACUACCACAGCGUCCCCGCACCCUGGGUCCAGAUCCAGCUGCUCAGGAUCCUGGCUCUGCUGGGCAAGGACGACCAGAGCACUAGUGAGCUGAUGUAUGAUGUCCUGGACGAGUCGAUACGAAGAGCCGAGAUCAAUCACAAUAUCACCUAUGCCAUCCUAUUUGAGUGUGUGAAAACCAUCUACACAAUCCACCCCAAAGAAGAGCUGCUGGAGAAAGCUGCAAAAUGCAUCGGAAACUUUGUUUUAUCGCCCAAAAUAAACCUCAAAUACCUUGGGUUGAAGGCCUUGACAUAUGUUGUCCAGCAGGAUGCCAAUCUCGCCCUGCAGCACCAGAUGACCAUCAUAGAAUGUCUAGAUCAUUCUGAUAUCAUCAUCAAAAGAGAGACACUAGAGUUGCUGUUCCGCAUCACCAAUGCCCAGAAUGUGACGGUGAUAGUGGAGAAGAUGCUGGAUUUCCUCCGGCUGUGCCACGAGGACUACGCCAUCAUCGACCUGGUGGCCAAAGUAGCAGAACUGGCAGAGAAGUAUGCCCCAGAUAACCGGUGGUUCAUUGAGACCAUGAGCACCAUCUUCACUGUUGGGGGCGAACUGAUGCAGCCAGACAUCCCCAGCAACUUCCUGAGGCUCCUGGCAGAGGGGUCUGACAGCGUAGAGGAUGACAGGCUGUUGAGGACGUACGCUGUGGAUUCGUACGUCUCACUGCUUCAAACCAACCCCACCAAGCUACCUCAGCGCUUUCUACAGGUUAUCAGCUGGGUUUUGGGGGAGUACUCCCACCUUGUAGAUGACCUGAGUCCCUGCCUUGUCAUCGACCUGCUCGUGCGUCUUCUAGAGCGACCCGCUGUGGCCUCUGACACGCGGAGCUGGGUUAUGACGGCCGUGGGCAAACUGAGCACGGGCGCUGGUGGGGGCACUGGCGCUGGCGGGGGCACGGCCGAGGGGGGGGCAGGCCUGGUGCAGCGGGUGUCCCAGCAGCACAGCUCGUCUCUGGACACGCAGCUUCGUCAGCAGGCCCUGGAGCUGCAGCUGCUCAGCCAGGACCCGGAGCUCCACACCAGGGUGCUGCCCCGCGGGGCUGUCUGGGGCAGCCUGGAGGUGGACUCAUCCUUGUCCUUCCUGGAUGGGUUUGUGUCCGAGGCUUUGGCGAGAGGAGCGGCCCCAUAUAAACCCCCCCACCAGAGACAAGAGGAGCUGAGGCAGGAGAAAGCCCUGUCCCUGGAGCCGUAUGCUCUGUCUCUGCCCAUCAGCCUGUCCUCCUGCAGCAUAGCAGACCGGCAGUCUCCCACUCUGCUCUCCAUCAGCUCCGGCCUCUCAGGAAACAGCACUGAGCUCCCACACAGAGCCGGUUCGGGCUCCUUGAAGCUGGAGGGGGUGAAGCGGGUGUGGGGUAAAGACGGCUACCUGCCCCAGAGGGAGGUGCCAGAGGGGCCCUCCAUCCUUCAGGAGGCCAGUGCCCCAGCACCUCAAACCUUCCCCCAGCAGGGCGGCGCUCUCACGCCGCCGAGUGCUGACCCCUCAGAGGAGGACCGGGACAAACAGCAGCUGGCCUCGUCUCUCUUCGUAGGACUCAGCUCCCAUAAUUCCACAUGUCUGAUGGGGAAGCCAGAGGCCCCCGUCCCCCAGCGCUUCCGGAGGAAACACAAAAACACUGACUCCGCCUCCGCCUCCUCCUCCUCAGACUCUUCCCACUCCCCCCAUGACGCUGCCAAUCACUUCCUGUACAGCAGCCUAUUGGAGGAAGGGCCCGCCUCUCCCAUCAUGCUCGCACAGAACUCUCUAGCUCCACCCAAACGUACCGAGGCUAAUGGCACGCACACAAGAGGGGACACUCCUGUUCUCCCAACAGCCAACGGAGUAGCUGAGGUGGGUGAUCAAGAAGCCCCUCCCUCUCUCACGAUGGCCAAUGAGGAGGCGCCGUCCCCAGGAGUGGGCAGACACAGAGACCCUCCACUGCUGAUGGGGGGGAUGAAGUUGGUCCAGCCCUGCCCUCCGCAUCCUGCCCCCAGAGCCUCCACCCAGAGCAGCGCAGAGGGGGCUGAUCCCCCCCAGCUCCCCGAACUACCCCCCGAGCCUGAUCACCUGCCCCCGGAGCUGAGGAACCUGCCCCACUCUGACAUGGCCCCCCUGGCCUCCGACCAGAGCCUGUCCCUGUCCUGCUGCCGCGUCCACCGCGAGGACGCCCUCGUGCUCGUCCUGCAGAUGUCCAACGCCUGUGGCGCCGCCCUGCUGGACGUCUCUGUGGAGCUGCAGUGCCACGAGCUCAAGGUGGCCAGCCUCAGAGGGAAUGCUUUAGAGAGUCUUCCAGCCCAAAGUGUGAGAGUGUGUUGGUACACUCUGCUGAUGGAGGCACCUCACACACACGUGAUGGUGACGGGGUCGGUGUCCUACAGAGAGGAGUCUGGACCUUCGCACGCGCUGGAGAUCAGCAGCAAGCUCUCCCUGGCCGACUUUCUCAGACCGCUAGUGCUGUCCACAGAAGAGUAUGGGAAGCUGUGGUUGUCCCUCUCGCAGGACGUCAAGCAGAACCUGACGCUCCUGGACCCCGAUGGUGACCCUCUCUGCUCCUCUCUCAGCGUUCUCAAAGACAAGCUACAGCUCCAUGUAGUGGACAUCAUAGGGUCGGAGGGCAUCGUGGCGUGCAAGCUCCUGCAGGGGGCGCCGUGCCUGCUGCACUGCCGUGUCCACGCGGGCGCUCUGGCCGUGUGGCUGCGCUCGCCUGUGCCCGGCCUGCCCGACUGCCUGCUCUACCACCUCCAGAGGGCCCUGCAGGAGCGCUGAGCUCCGACCCCCCCCCCCCCCCCCCGAGCAUCGACCAUUCUCUCCGCUUCUCAUGCGCCCCCUCCAGCAGGAACACUCACAGCAGGGUGGUGGUGGGACUGAACAGCUGACACUACUGGACAGCAGAGGAAGUGUGGCAAGUCUUAAAGCGAGGUGGAGGUGAAACAUGGAGGCCGGGUGAAGACUGAGGGCUGUAUGCGUGGCUGAAGACUGAAGAAUGAGGGAAAAAGUGUAUCAUGCGUUAUAAUAUUUAUCGCUUUUAAUAUUUCCAUGUUGCGUUUGUGUUGCGUUUGGGUUUGGGUUGGUCGUAGCUGUCAAUCUUGUAGGUCUGAGACGCCUCUGCUGCCCUCUGAGGAAGGACCCAGAGCCCAGGGGUUCACCCCCCUCCAGUUCACCCCCCUCCUGUUCCCCCCCUCCUGUUUCCGCAACCGCUUCCACCAUUCCCAUCUCCACUCGCUCGUCUGCAGAAGCAGCGGGUUUGGUCUGAAGCACUGCUAAUGCUGGUGAAGUAACACUGGAGAGCAAACUUAAUGGAAAUGGCCAAUGGAUUUCUCCCAAAUAUAGAACAAGUCUGCAAUAACUUUGUUUUGAUCUAUGCAGUGUUUUGUAAAAAAGUUUAACCAGUAGUUGGUCUCAACACAUUUUUAAGUUGCUAAAAUGUAUUUUUGUAUUUAAUAGCUAACAUUGCCUUAUAAGGCUGUAAUGGUCUUUUUUUGUUUAGAUUUAAAAAUGUUCAACUUCAGUAUCUAUGUUCUGCUUCCCUCCAGUGAUGACAAACUGACAAACAAAUAGGUAGACGCUCAACGUCGACUUUAACAGUGUGAUGCUGCUGUGUGUUGCGGCUGCGCAUAUUGCUCAGAGACUCUGGAAGAGAUUUUGGGAAAGCUGAGUGGUCAGGCUGGUGCCCUAUUUUGGGCCUGAGAUGAGAAAUACGCUCUCUGGUGGUGUACGAACGCUAUGUCCGAUGCCUCUAAUAAAUAGGACUGAUGGCC